UCAAAGCAUCCGUCGCUGGUGAGAUCCCGACAUCGUAGCGCGAUUGUCGGUCACUUUUAAUUUUAAUUAAAUUAAUUAAUUAGCGAUUUACCAUCAGCAGUGUUUCUCAUCAUGUCGGCAGCGGUUUAACAGAAGUUGUGAAAGUAAACACCAAGAAAUUAUAGUCCUUUAAAUUCCAGCAUGUUUGCAGUGUUUGUUGGUGAUCUUCAUCCUGAGGUAUCAGAGCUGAUGCUUCUAAAUAGGUUAAGUCCAGCAGGACCAAUUGAAUCGGUGUACAUCUGCAGGGACCGACAGACCGGCUCGCCGCUCGGUUACGCCUACGUCAACUUCCAGCAUCGAGCCGACGCUGAACGAGCUAUAAUAAUGUUCAACUUUGAGCUUCUUUUGGACAGACCCAUGAGGGUCAUGUGGUCUCGCUGGGAACCCACUGCGAAGUUGAUCAAGGGGAGCAACGUCAUCAUAAAGAACCUUCAUCAGUCCAUCGACGAUAUUGCCCUGUUUGACACCUUCUCCGUGUUCGGGAGGAUCGUGUCAUGCAAGGUUGUUGAAUCAAAAGGCUUCGGGUUCAUCCAGUUUGAGUCACCGGAGGCAGCGGCGAUGGCCAUUAGGCAGGUCAAUGGAAUGAUCCUGAAAGGCCUCCAAGUCACCAUCAAGUACUUUAAAUCUCUGGAGGAGCGCAAGGCUGAAGACCAAAACCAGGGCAACAAUUUAUACAUCAAGAACCUGGACAACAACAUUGACACCGAGUGUCUGUACUUGACAUUUGCACAAUUUGGACACAUCACAAGUGCAAAGGUAAUAAUGGAGAAUGGCCGUUCAAAGGGAUUUGGCUUCGUCAAUUUCACAUCAUCCCAGGAUGCCAUGAGAGCCAUGAACGAGAUGAACGGCAUGAUGUGGGGCAAGAAGCAGGUGUUUGUGGAACUGGCUAAAAGGAAAGAGGAUGGCCCGGCUCUCCUUCAGAGAAUGUUCAUACAGCAGUUUACACCAAGCCUGCACCAGCCAGUGCUGCCUCUCUACUUAAAGACAAGCAUCCCUGCUGUCGAGACAGAUCGCUUUGAGGACCUUGUCCCAAUUUUCACCAAGACAGCUGUACCAAAAUACCACGUGGAAGCUGUGGAGACAGCAGCCCCUGAGGGCACCACGAAGGCCUUGGAGACAGCUGCUCCAGAAUGCACCAUGAAGGCUGUGGAGACAGCUGCCCCAGAAUGCAACAUGAAGGCUGUGGAGACAGAUGCCCCAGUGGACAAAAUGGAGGCUGUGGAGACAGCUGAGCCAGAAUGCAACAUGAAGGCUAUGGAGACAGCUUCCCCAGUGGAGGCUGUGGAGACAGCUUCCCCAGUGGAGGCUGUGGAGACAGCUUCCCCAGUGGAGGCUGUGGAGACAGCUGCCCAAGUGGAUGCAGUGGAGGCUGUUGAGACAGCUGCCCCAGUGGACACAGUGGAGGCUGUGGAGACAGCUGCCCCAGUGGACACAGAGGAGGCUGUGGAGACAGCUGACCCAGAGGAUGCAGUGGAGGCUGUGGAGACAGAUUCCCCAGUGGAUGCAGUGGAGGCUGUGGAGACAGAUUCCCCAGUGGACGCAGUGGAGGCUGUGGAGACAGAUUCCCCAGUGGACGCAGUGGAUGCUGUGAAGACAGAUUCCCCAGUGGAUGCAGUGGAGGCUGUGGAGACAGCUGCCCCAGUGGACACAGUGGAGACUGUGGAGACAGCUGCCCCGGUGAAUGCAGUGGAGGCUGUGGAGACAGCUGCAGCAGAAUGCACAGUGGAGGCUGUGGAGACAGCUGCCCCAGUGGACACAGUGGAGGCUGUGGAGACAGCUGUCUUAGAAUGCACAGUGGAGGCUGUGGAGACAGCUGCCCCAGUGGACACAGUGGAGGCUGUGGAGACAGCUGCCCCAGUGGACACAGUGGAGGCUGUGGAGACAGCUUAUAUAAACAUGUUUCCACUGGUAGAGCAAAUCCACCCCAGUGAUGCCAGUAAAAUCACCUGGAUGGUCAUAGAAGGAAAAAACACUUCUGAGAUCAUGAACAUGUUGAGAGAUCCUGAGCUCCUGCAUGCCAGGGUGGACGAAAUGGACGCCUUACUGACGGAAAGAGAAGCCGGUUGCAAGCCGGAAACCUGGAAGAUGAUCCACAGGAAGAACAAAAACAAGAAGAAGAAGACGAAGAAAAGGAAUCAAUGAGCCAUCACUGUACAUGUUAUACUUUGAUUGUUGUUUGUAUUAAAUUUAAAAAAGAAA